CGCUCUGCCUGGAGCUAGCCUGGGGGCGAGCCAGGGUCCUCCAACCCCCGGGAUGACCGCAGCCAGCCGGGCCAACCCCUACAGCAUUGUGUCAUCGGAGGAGGACGGGCUGCACCUGGUCACCAUGUCAGGCGCCAACGGCUUCGGCAACGGCAAGGUGCACACGCGGCGCAGGUGCCGCAACCGCUUCGUCAAGAAGAACGGCCAGUGCAACAUUGAGUUCGCCAACAUGGACGAGAAGUCACAGCGCUACCUGGCUGACAUGUUCACCACCUGUGUGGACAUCCGCUGGCGCUACAUGCUGCUCAUCUUCUCGCUGGCCUUCCUCGCCUCCUGGCUGCUGUUCGGCGUCAUCUUCUGGGUCAUCGCUGUGGUACACGGUGACCUGGAGCCGGCCGAGGGCCGCGGCCGCACGCCCUGUGUGAUGCAGGUGCAUGGCUUCAUGGCGGCCUUCCUCUUCUCCAUCGAGACGCAGACCACCAUUGGCUACGGGCUACGCUGUGUGACGGAGGAGUGCCCGGUGGCCGUCUUCAUGGUGGUGGCCCAGUCCAUUGUGGGUUGUAUCAUCGACUCCUUCAUGAUCGGUGCCAUCAUGGCCAAGAUGGCGAGGCCCAAGAAGCGGGCACAGACGCUGCUCUUCAGCCACAAUGCCGUGGUGGCCCUGCGUGACGGCAAGCUCUGCCUCAUGUGGCGCGUGGGCAACCUGCGCAAGAGCCACAUCGUGGAGGCCCAUGUGCGCGCGCAGCUUAUCAAGCCGCGGGUCACCGAGGAGGGCGAGUACAUCCCGCUGGACCAGAUCGACAUCGAUGUGGGCUUCGACAAGGGCCUGGACCGCAUCUUUCUUGUGUCACCCAUCACCAUCCUGCACGAGAUUGACGAGGCCAGCCCGCUGUUCGGCAUCAGCCGGCAGGACCUGGAGACAGACGACUUUGAGAUAGUGGUCAUCCUGGAAGGCAUGGUGGAGGCCACAGCCAUGACCACCCAGGCCCGCAGCUCCUACCUGGCCAAUGAGAUCCUGUGGGGCCACCGCUUCGAGCCCGUGCUCUUUGAGGAGAAGAACCAGUACAAGAUCGACUACUCGCACUUCCACAAGACCUAUGAGGUGCCCUCUACGCCUCGCUGCAGCGCGAAGGAUCUGGUGGAGAAUAAGUUCCUGCUGCCCAGUGCCAACUCCUUCUGCUAUGAGAACGAACUGGCCUUCCUGAGCCGUGACGAGGAGGAUGAGGCAGACGGAGACCAGGACGGCCGAAGCCGGGACGGCCUCAGCCCCCAGGCCAGGCAUGACUUUGACAGACUCCAGGCUGGCAGCGGGGCCCUGGAGCAGCGGCCCUACAGAAGGGAGUCAGAGAUCUGAGCCAGCCUUGGCCAACAUGCAGCAUCCACCCCCAGCCGGGGAGAGGCCCUGCCAUCGCUCAGGGGCCCCGGGUUUGAGCAGAACGGGCCUGGUGCCCUGGGUUGCAGACUCAGUAGCGUUUUAGUCGUUUUAUGUUUCUUUGCAACAGCCUCAGAAGGUUGGCCGGAGGGGGGCAGCCAGAGCGGCAGCCCCCGGCCUCAGAGGCUAUCGCAGGCUCAGGGCAAAGAAGUGGCCUCCUGGGGGGCCAGGCCACGGGGGCCAGGGCUUCUGCCUGAAGAUGGAGCUGCAGCCUGUGGGGAAGCAGCUCAGCUCAAUGGUGGGCCCAGCCUCUGCUGUCCAAGGCUGUUCGGCUGCGGUGCUCCUUGCUGGUUUUUAACUUGGGGAGAAACACUGGGUUUCAGCUUUCUUGACCUUAGCUUGGGUGAGACUGUUUACAAAAAAAAAAAAUUACCAUGCAAUUGAAAAAAUUUUUUUAAUUCAUAGGGGGCCAAAAGAACAAUUAGAAUUCCAUGGGUCUGCCAGGAUGCAGCAGCUGGCUGGAGGCUCCAGAGGGUUCCCCGAGGUGGGACUGGCCUCUCCCUGUGUGUGUGGGCACUGCAGUGCCCUGGCCAAGCAGGGUGCUCUGGGACCUCACUUCGUCGAGCUCACGAACCAGCUAGGCUCUGUUUGUGAUAGAAAAAUCAAGACCAUGUUAAUGAUCAUAAUAAAAGCUUUCUACUGUCACUGGGGUGGUGGGUGGGGGCUGGGAAGAAACUGGUUUGAGCUUUUGGAGUUUGACUUUGUACCUUAGAGAUGCGUCUCAGGGCCAGGCAUGGGACCUACCAUCCAGGGUUCCUCCCCCGACCCUCGAUUUUCCUGUUUUGCUUCUCUCUCCAUUUCUGUCCAGGCCUCCACCCCUUCCACAGCGAGGGGUGGUUAGGAGCCAUAGGCCGGGAUGGCUCCUUGGAAGGGAAGUCGGGAUCCCAGGCUAGGAGGAAGCUGGCAGCCCCGUCCCCACUGGGCCCACAGUGUGAGUCGUGCCUUAGAGACUCCGGUUGUCCUGUUCUUUCUGGGCUCGCUCGUCUCCCCGACCCUGUCCCACCCCUCCCCGCCCAUACCUCCACUGCUGAAUUUCCUCCAGCCCCUCUGUCUGCCUUGUGAAGGUGGCAGGGGCCAGGUCUGCCUGACAUAGGACCACGUCGUGUCCCUCCCUCACCUGGAGCAGCACAGCAGAGUCCAGGCAGGGUGCAGCCAGGCCCUGGUCAGCGCUGAAUGGCAGAGGAAAGAUCUUAGGAAAGGAGAGGAAUCAUCACCCCCUCCCAUCAACUGGGAUGACUGGGGAGUGCCACGCUCAUUCAAAGCUGAAUCAGAAACCAGCCACGGAACGGAAUUCCUGCCGAGGCUUCCGGGGCCGCUGCUCCACCACCCUCCCCCAGGUCGAGGCACUGUGGCACCCUCAUCAGGAAGAGGUUUGGGGUCUUCUUGUUGUCACCGCUGGCUCUGCCACUCCAUCUUGUUCAUGGUAGAUGGUUGGGUCAGGUCCGUGAUGGAGCCAGGCUCUUCCCAGGACCGUGGAGAAAAUCUGCUCCCUAGUCAGACCUCUCCAGAAGCUGGUAAUUAGAAAAGAUGUGUCUCCUGCUCCAACUCUGCCCCGGAGACAGCUCAGAGCCAGAA